GGCAUAAGAUCAAACACUCGCAAGAAACUACCAGAAGAAAAGAUCAAACUUUCAUUCUCAUUUUCUACGAGCUUCAUAUAUAGAUAUAUAUAUAUAUGUGAGAUUGUAGAUUGACGACGGUCGACGAGAGGUGAUUAAGAUUAUAGUAUGGGUUUGAGCUCGAUAUUUGGGAGUUGCUUCAAGGGGGAGGGUCAGGCGGCGGUGCCGGCCUACAAGGCCAAGGUGGUGGCCACCAAGCAGAGUUCGUACCCUUGGGUUUCUGUGUCGGAUUUGAGCAACCCGAUCAGCGCGUCGCUGUCUGAGGAUCUGUCGGUGUCGCUGGCCGGAUCGAAUCUGUAUGUGUUUUCGCUGGCGGAGAUGAAGCUGAUCACUCAGGGUUUCUCGUCCGGUAACUUUCUCGGAGAAGGUGGGUUCGGACCCGUGCAUAAAGGCUUCAUCGACGACAAGCUCCGGCCGGGUCUCAAGGCUCAGACCGUCGCCGUUAAGCUCUUGAACCUGGACGGCUCUCAGGGCCACAAGGAGUGGUUGACGGAAGUUGUUUUUCUGGGCCAACUAAGACACUCACAUCUCGUCAAACUGAUUGGAUAUUGCUGCGAAGAAGAACACAGGCUUCUGGUCUAUGAAUAUCUGCCCAGAGGCAGCUUAGAGAAUCAGCUCUUCAGAAGAUACUCAGUAUCAUUGCCAUGGUCAACAAGAAUGAAGAUUGCAGUGGGAGCUGCAAAAGGUCUAGCCUUCCUUCAUGAAGCAGCCAAACCAGUCAUUUACAGAGAUUUCAAAGCUUCAAACAUCUUACUAGACUCAAAUUACAAUGCAAAGCUAUCUGAUUUUGGGUUGGCAAAAGAUGGCCCCGAGGGAGACGACACCCACGUGUCGACCCGAGUCAUGGGAACUCAAGGCUACGCGGCUCCGGAAUAUGUCAUGACGGGUCAUUUGACAUCAAAGAGUGAUGUUUAUAGUUUCGGGGUGGUUCUGUUAGAGCUUCUAACAGGAAGAAGAUCGGUGGACAAAACCAGGCCGGCCAGAGAACAAAACCUAGUGGAAUGGGCAAGGCCGAUGCUUCACGAUACAAGGAAGCUGGGAAGGAUCAUGGACCCUAGACUUGAAGCUCAAUACUCUGAGAUGGGUGCGGCCAAAGCGGCGGCAUUGGCUUACCAGUGCUUGAGCCACAGGCCUAAGAACAGGCCAACCAUGAGCCAAGUGGUCAAGACCCUGGAGCCACUUCAGGACUUCGACGACGUCCCCAUCGCGCCCUUCGUCUACACUGUUCCCGCCGGCGAUCUUAACGAUUGCAGCGAGCCACCGCCAAGAGAGAGAAAGAAUCAUCAUCGUCGUCACAAACACCCUCUGCGAUCACCCACGUCGCCGCCAGAUCAGUCGGCGAAUUCACAGUCCAGGAACGGAAGCUCGUCGUCAAGUGCAAGUGGCUCGAACUCACCGAAUUCACGCCACAAUAAGGCCAGGGGAGCCUGAUAGAAAAUAAUCAUGGAAAAUGAAUGGGAAAGAGAAAAGAGCGUGAUCGACAUUAUUGUACAUAGAGAUGUUUUUAUUAUUAAUUUGUAUAUUUCAGUCAAGAGAGCGUUUGAUGUUUUCUUGGUGAAGAAAUUUUGCCAGGCUAAGUGUAAUGAUGUUUUGAAAGGCAAAAUAUACAAUUAAAAACAAAAGCAAAAAGAAAUUGGAGUUGACGUGGUCAGCGGGCAUGGUGAA